AUGUAUAAUAGGAGAACUCCAAACACAUUAGAGUCCAGAGAUGUGAGUAACUAUCAGAAAAGAAAGACAAGGUCCAGCGAAGGGUAUGCACGCCAUAAGCAGAGGUACGACCAGAUCCUUGAGAGGAGGAAGCAGAUUGAGGCUGUAAGGUCGGAGAGAGACAGGUACGCGCACACGGAAACGCGGUACAACCGAAACCAGUACAAAGAUAAGUCGAUGAUCAUAUGCAGGUACUUCUACAGGUACGGCAAGUGCACAAAGGGCGACGCCUGCCUGUUCUCACACGACUGCACGCCCCUUAACUCAAAGGACCUGAAGCUGUGUCACUACUUCGUCAAGUCUGAGGGCUGCAAGAAGAGCGCCGAGGAGUGCAAGUACUCGCACGAGAUACACAAGUUCCUGUGCAGGCAGAACGUAAUAGCAGGAUUCUGCAACCAGGGCGGCAAGUGCCAGUUCAACCACCUGCCCAUCGAGUCGAUCCGAAGAAUGGACGACACCGAAAAGCUCAAGUUCUGCUACAACAACAAGAAGUUCCUCGUCAAGUCGCUGAUCAACUACCUGAUCAACGACAAGUGGAUUAAGCCUCAGGAGAUUGGCGUCUGUGACGACAUCAAGGGCGUGACGGCGAUUGUUACCGCCUAUAACAAGAUCCCCGAUCAUGUGGUUAAGACGAUUCCGUGGUACCUGCACUAUACACUGCUAAUUUUGGAAAAGGACAUGAACACAAUGCAGCAACAGAAGCAAGAGUCAAACGAGUAA